AGCAGCAGAGGAGCCACUGUGUGCUGACAGUUAGGGCUGAGAGGGAGAACUAAACAGCGAUUCCCGUUAACUAAUUUGCUCCUGCAGCAGGCAAAAUUGUUGUAAUUGCAGGAUACAGGGAGCUUUUUCAAGGCAUGGUUUCUCCGUCUGCCUCUGUUGCUAAACGGGACGCCGGUGAAUAACACUUGCAGUCUAUUGCUGGGGGUGAAUGACUUGAGAAACUCUCGUCGAAGUCAGCGGACAGAGAAAGCGGUUUUAUGGGAAAUGAAUGUGACCGGGAAACAGCAACCUGAGCUGAUCGAGCGACCCGCCAGCCUUUUGGUUCCAACUUCGACAAAAUCUGGAAUUGCUUUGCUGUACAAUGAGGAGACCAACAAUACCUAUGACGUCUGCCUGAAAUUGACCAAAGAGGUAUUAACCAUACAGAAGCUGGAUGUGGUUUGCACAAGUGGAAGUGAAUCCCAAGUAAAUAAACUCCCACUUUCUAAAGCACAGAACUGUUGUACUACGAAGACAGGCAACUGGCGGUCUGGGCUUAAGCAUCAAAGGAGGUGCAGAGCACAACGUGCCUGUGGUUAUUUCAAAGAUUUUCAAAGAUCAACCGAUCAGACGGGGAAGCUGUUCGUCGGGGACGCUGUGUUGCAGGUCAAUGGAAUAAAUGUAGAACCUUGUACUCACGAGGAAGUUGUUCACCUCUUGCGCACUGCAGGAGAUGAGGUCACCAUAACUGUUCGGUACCUGCGAGAAGUUCCAUCAUUUCUAAAACUGCCUUUAGGUUCUCCUGGGCCGUCCACUGAUCACAGCCGAGUAUCCUCUCCACUCUUUGACAGUGGCUUACAUUUAAAUGGAAACAACACAGCUCCAUCACCCCCUUCGCCCUCAGCUAACGAACCAAAGUAUGAGAAGCGCUGGCUGGAUGCUGUCUCCCUGCCCUUGUUGAUGGCCAGAGUCUCCAGAUACAAAGCUGGCACAGAUAAAUUAAGGUCCAACUGUUUUGAAGUCUUCACCUUGAAUGGAGCCAGCACCAAUAUUCUUCAAUUUUGCACUGCAGCAGAAAGCACAGACUGGCUCCAAGCAAUAUCUACAAAUAUCAAUGACUUGACACAGGAGAAUAUAAAGAUUGUCAACAAAUACUGCUCUUCAGAUGAUCAGAUCAUUCACAUGGGCUGGGCAUGUGAAAGCCCAGAGGGCAGCACUGCUGUUAGGACUUCAGCAUUCAAGUACCUGGCAUUGAGAGGACCAUAUUUUCAUAUCUUCAGAAGUCCCCCGAUCGGUGCCGCUGAUUGGGGACAAGCUGAAACAACAUAUCACCUCUAUGAGGUUCUUUUCAAGGUCCACAAGCUGUGGAUGGCAGAGGACUGCUGGCUCCAGGCAAGGCUCUACUUGGGGCUGGAGCAUUCUCCUGAGCAGCAGGACAAUGAGUCUCUGAGCUUCAGUAUUCUGGUCGGCCACGGCCAGAGCCAUACCUUCAGGGUAGAGCUGGCCACUGACCUGGCUAUCUGGGAGAAGUCCUUCCAAAGAGCUGUGUUCUUGGAAGUGCAGCGAAUACGAUCCAAAAGCUACAUGUGCAGCAGCCAGGGGAAUGUGCUGUGCUUCACCAUAGAUUUUGGAUCAGGCUUCACCUGCUCAGAAGGCACUUCAAAGACCGUGCUGUGGCGAUAUAAGUUCUCUCAACUUAAAGGCUCCUCUGAUGAUGGGAAAACCAGGGUAAAACUCCUUUUCAAGAAUGCUGAAAGCAAGCAAAUAGAAAUGAAGGAACUAGAGUUUGCUAACCUAACAGCUGUCCUCCACUGUAUACAUUCUUUUAUCGCUGCCAAAGUGGCCUCCAUGGACCCUCUCUUUAUGUGCGGUCAAAGCUUCCCUGGAAAUUACAUGAACAGUUAAGAAGACACGUCCUCAUUGUCAAGUGCACCUGUGGCAAAUAUUUUAUGCACAGAGCCACUUGAUAUGUUUAUCUUGUUCUUGCUAUUUUUGUAUGAACUACUGAAAAAUAAAUAUUUGUAAAAGACUGUAGAAGUAGAACAUGUAUAAAUUAAUGGUGGAAGAAAGAUGUUGUUUAAUUUUUGACAGGUAGAAAAAACACAAUCUGAAUGGAUUCACAGUUCUUCCAUUUCUUCAAUAUGUUUUCUCUCAUUACAUAAUGGACACUUACUUGUUUCCAUCACUAUGAAAGGUAUCACCCGUUCUACCAUAUGGUGUGUAACUGCCAUACAUUUGACAACCUGACACAAAUCGCCAGAUACAGCAACUGCCACUACAUUUAGCUUAGAAUCUGAGCUGAUACACUAUCUAUGAAGAAUUAUGGUACUGUACCUACAUCUAGUAAGUACAUCUUUACUGACAAAAUGAAUCUGAUGUUGGCUUACUCCAGCAGACCUCUGACAGGGAUUUUCUUUUCUUUAUAUUCACAGUUGAACUGUAAUGAGUAAUUCUCCUUUCCCGGUCCCUCUGGUUUCUCUUGUUAUGUAUGUGAAAUGGGGGGGGGGGUAACACAAACAAUGUAAUGCAGUCUAAUAAGCCUCCAAAUAACCACUGAAUUGAAUCAGCACCUCUCUGAAAAUAAAAAUCUUCACAAAGGCAGCAUUUAUUUUAUUGGCUUAGAUACAAUUGUUUGAUGUUUGUGCUGUUGUCCAUCUUUUGUAUCUAAUAAAGGCAAAAAGACUGAGUUUCAAA